ACAUUUUCUCGUACAUUUUAACCUAACAAUUGUACGAAGAUAUAAAUCCAUAAGCUCGUCAACUCUAUGGAUAUGGAUGAAAUGAAACGUCACCAUAAAACGUCAAUGUCAAACAAAUGCAUAACAAAUUAAUAAAUAGCAGUAGGACCAGCAGAUUCUAUCCUUUACAUCCUAAUGUAUAAUAUUUUUGAGCGAAUAAUGAAAUGUGUUAGUGUACUGAAAUAAUAACAGCAGCGUAAUUAAAGCCGUGAUAUCAAGAUUUCAGAAUGAGGAUUAGGAGAUUGUCAGCUGUGUUUUGGACAACAUGCAUAAUUGCAUUCGUGUUUAUUUUGUAUGUGGUGACUGAUUUGAGUUUCAAACUGCCUAGCACUAAGCCAGCUGUGCAAGAUUUGGAUACAAAAUGGUCUGCCUUUGAAAAUAAGCUGCGGCACAUCGAGAAUGAAUUGUACCAGCACCAUGCUGUUGUUGGUGAAAUUAAAUCUGCUGUUGAUCAAAUAGUGGAGUCUCAAGAGUACCAUCCACCUCAAAAAAGGCCAAAGGAGGUUGUUAUCAAAGAACCUCCAAGGGAAAGCAAGGAGGUUAAAGAAUAUAAAGCAGUUGGUGAUGAGCCACCAAAGAUGAGGAUUCCAUUCAACAUUUCUGCUUGCCCAGCAACAAAAAGAAGUUCAGCUAAAGUUGAUAUACAGAUGCUGUCAAUGUAUGAUCGAAUCCUGUUCGAUGAUUUGGAUGGUGGCGUAUGGAAGCAAGGCUGGGAAAUAGAUUAUGAAGAAAAUCAAUGGAAUCAAAAGAAUAAGUUAAAAGUAUUUAUAGUUCCACACUCACACAAUGAUCCAGGUUGGAUAAAGACGUUUGAGAAUUACUACAAGGCGCAAACUCGCGCGAUAUUCACCAAUAUGGUGGAGAAAUUGUCAGAAGGCAUUGGAAGGAAGUUUAUAUGGGCUGAGAUCAGCUUCUUGGCUUUAUGGUGGAGCAGUGACGCCACAGAUAAAGAUAAGGCUAUAUUUACAAAUCUCCUAAAAUCAGGCAAGAUAGAAAUAGUGACAGGUGGAUGGGUGAUGAACGAUGAGGCUAACUCCCACUGGCUAUCAAUCAUAAAACAGCUGACUACAGGCCACCAAUGGCUAAUAGACCAUUUGAACUACAUACCGAAGAACGCAUGGUCUAUAGACCCAUUCGGAUACUCUAGUUCUCAACCUUAUUUACUGAAAUUAGCUGGAAUGGAGAACUCAGUUAUACAGAGAGUGCAUUACAGAGUGAAGAAGGAAUUGGCUUCUAAUAAACAGUUGGAGUUCCAUUGGAGACAGCUUUGGGACGGUAUUGGCAAAACGGACAUGUUUACACAUAUGAUGCCUUUCUAUUCAUACGACGUGCCUCAUUCCUGUGGACCUGAUCCCGCGGUUUGCUGUCAAUUUGACUUCAAGCGGCUUCCAGGCAAUGGAGUCACAUGCCCCUGGGGGAAGGCGCCUCGAAAGAUCAUCGAGAAGAAUGUAGAGGAGAGGGCCCGCACAAUCCUUGACCAAUGGCGUAAGAAAGCGCAGUUGUACCGGACAAAUGUGGUGAUGUUCCCCCUCGGAGAUGACUUCAGAUACGAUCGUGCUAAUGAAUGGGAUAACCAGUAUCAAAACUAUGAAAUACUCAUCGAUUUCAUUAAUAAUAAUGAUGCUUGGAAUGCUGAGGUGCAAUUUGGAACUCUCCAAGAUUAUUUCAAAGCAGUUCAUGCUGAGGUCAAGGCGAAUGAUUUCCCCGUACUUUCGGGAGAUUUCUUCACAUAUGCUGAUAGGAAUCAACAUUAUUGGAGUGGAUACUACACGUCUCGGCCCUUCUACAAGAACAUGGAUCGAGUGUUGUUGGCUUAUGUCAGGGCGGCUGAGAUAAUAUCGUCUCAAGCCACGUCAUCGGGCGCGGUGUCGCAGAUGAUGUCACUACAGCUUCGCGACCGAGUAGAGCAGGCACGCCGCGCUCUCUCACUGUUCCAGCAUCACGACGGCGUCACUGGCACAUCUAGAGAUGAAGUACGGGAGGACUAUGCUAAGAAAAUGCUAAUGGCCAUAAAAUACUCUCAGUCAGCUAUACAACAGGCUGCCUACUAUCUCCUGAACCAGCCACUAAUCGUGGACCAAACGCAAGACGACAUAUACUUCGACGUGGACGACAUCUGGCGGAUACACGACGAAAUACCGUCCCGUAUCACUAUUGCUUUGGAUGUGGUCUCUCCUUCCAGAAGAAUUGUUCUUUACAAUGCUCUGGCGUUCAAGAGACAUGAGAUCUUCACUGUUCUUGUUUCAUCGCCUCAUGUUGAGGUGUUCGACCCCGAAGGUAAUCCAAUGAUGGCUCAAAUAUCACCAGUAGUGACCGGAGACAAGAGACUAGCGUUUGCUGCGAACAAAUACCAAUUAUCGUUCCCCGUCACUGUGGACCCGCUCGCACUUACAGUGUACACUGUCUCACUUCGAGACAGCACUAGACUUAACAAAUACACAUCAUACUCUCACGUGCGAGUUUACAACGCGGAUUAUUGGACGGUGGACCUUCCGAAGAUGUUCCCGAUAGAGCAACCGGCCGCCCGUCUCAUGGAAGAUAUCACGGUGCAGGCAGGGAACAGUACGCGCGUCGUCGCCACCAUGGACGGGCUUAUCAAGGCCAUUGUAUCACCUCAGGGGGCCACCAUGCCUGUACAUAUGGACUUUUCACAAUACGAUAGUCAACGCGGUAAAGACAACAAUAGCGGUGCAUACCUCUUCAUUCCGACCGGACCGGCCACAGACUACAAAGCGUCGGCCUUCCCUGAGAUAGUGGUCACUGAGGGCAUCUACAAAGCCACCAUGUACGCCGCACUCAACUCCCCUAAGGCCGCCGAUAUCGUUCUAGCCGUAUCAGUGUACAACAACCCGUCCUUGCCUCACAGCGAAGUAGAGAUCUGCAACACGUUCAUGAUAGACCCCCAGGUCGAUGACCUCGAGCUAGCGCUGCGCCUGCGAACUGCAGUCAAGAACGGAGACGUCUUCUAUACUGAUCUCAAUGGGAUGCAGAUGAUAAAACGUCGUUACUUCGAGAAGCUGCCUUUGCAAGCAAACUUCUACCCUCUGUCGGCCGCUACGUAUAUAGAAGAUGGCAAGUCCCGGCUUACAGUCCUUACUUCCACACCGCUCGGUAUGUCGGCACUACAGCCUGGACAGAUUGAGAUAAUGCAAGACAGAAGACUGAGUCGCGAUGACAACCGAGGACUCGUUCAGGGAGUUCUAGACAACGUCAGGACUAGGCAUACGUUCAAAAUUAUCGUCGAAGACGCCAAGAAGUACUGUAGCGAACAAACAACGGACCUGCCAUCAGGUCAGCUUACACUGGGCGCGCACGUGUCCCAACAGUUGUUACUCCAACCACUCAUAGCCAUGCACUACACGGCCAAGAAAGAUGGACCCCGCAUCGGGUACGCCCGCGUCACCCUCAACGAUGCGGACAUCGUACUGGCAUCCUACCAUUCACACGUUACCGCCAAGAACAAAGAUGGCGGCGUGCUGCACGGGAUGGGUAUGACACUGCAGCGAGUACUACUCGACACGUGCUACGGCAGCCCCGACAUAAACAAGUACUAUCGGGCAGGGGACGGACAGGUGACAAUAUCGGACCUCAUAGACGGUCCCGCAGACAAAGUAUACGACAGCUCUCUAACGUACGUCACAGUACGGAACCCGCUACCCAGCGGAGUGCUGACCCUUUGCCCCAUGGAAAUAAGGUCCGUGUUCAUCAACCAAACACUUAAAAAAUACUAAAUAAAGUUUUUAUUUCAACCUUGUAAAGUACUACAACUUCACAAUUAUUUAGUAAAGUUGAAUACAGACUUUAAGCACUGAGUGUUUAGAUCGAAU